AUGGGGGGUGUAAAGGGGGAGGGGGAGUAUGGCGGGCUGCCACCCCGAUGGGCCAUAGAUCCAAGUCCAGGAGGGUGGGGAUUUUGGGCGCUGCAUUCCUGGCCCCUGCCCCAGCGCCCGCCUGCGGUGGUGAGUGCAUGGGCCGGCCCCCACCCCAACCCCCGGCCUCACUUGUACGCGGCGUGCACGGCUGCGCCCGAGGAGAUGCCGCACAGGAUGCCCUCCUCCUGGGCCAGCUUCCGCGCAACCGCCACGGCCUCCUGCGUGCGCACGCGCAGUACCUCGUCCAGCAGGCUGAAGUCCAGGACUCGCGGGAUGAAACCCGCGCCCAGCCCCUCAAUCUGCUCGGACGCGCGGCGCAGAGGGAAAGGGGUCAUGGGAAGAGCAUGGAGGGGGGGGGGGGGCCAGUUCGCCGCUUUCCCCCGCAGCACCCUCACCCGGCCCCCCUGCCUGAUGCCUCUGGCGGCGGCGGACCACCGGAUGGGUGCAUGUACACGAUGCGGUACGGCAACGAAGGUGGUCUGUGACGCAGCGGACCCUCCCUGGCCCCACCCCCGCCCUCGCAGACGCGGCGCAUGCCCUCACUGGCGCCCGCCCCUCACAGCUUGGGCGGGUCGCGAUCGGCCACGUACAGCCCGUUGUGCAUGCGCCACUCGGCCGGCAUCUCGUCCUCCUCCGUCGCGUCCUGGGUCCACAGCUGGCUGUACAGGACGGAGGACAGGUAGCGCUCGCCAAAGGAGGGCAGCACCACCACUAUGCGCUUGCCCGCAUUCUCCGGACGCUGCGCCACCCUGGAUGGGGGUGGAAUGGGGAGGGAGUGGAAUGGGGAGGGAGUGGAAUGGGGGGUGUAAAGGGGGAGGGGGAGUAUGGCGGGCUGCCACCCCGAUGGGCCAUAGAUCCAAGUCCAGGAGGGUGGGGAUUUUGGGCGCUGCAUUCCUGGCCCCUGCCCCAGCGCCCGCCUGCGGUGGUGAGUGCAUGGGCCGGCCCCCACCCCAACCCCCGGCCUCACUUGUACGCGGCGUGCACGGCUGCGCCCGAGGAGAUGCCGCACAGGAUGCCCUCCUCCUGGGCCAGCUUCCGCGCAACCGCCACGGCCUCCUGCGUGCGCACGCGCAGUACCUCGUCCAGCAGGCUGAAGUCCAGGACUCGCGGGAUGAAACCCGCGCCCAGCCCCUCAAUCUGCUCGGACGCGCGGCGCAGAGGGAAAGGGGUCAUGGGAAGAGCAUGGAGAGGGGGGGGGGGUCCACGCUCGCCGGGCAGCCGAGGCCAGCGGCAGUUGCCCCGUCAGCUUGGGGUGCCGCAUGCCGACGCAUGCGCACAGGGCACCAGGGGGGGGGGAUGCAACCAUGA